AUGGCAUCUUAUAAAGAAACAGUAUCAGCUGCUUUGCAACAGCGCGAUAUCGGCCUUAGCAAGGUUGAACCAAAGCUCCAGGGCAUCCCCAGUGAGCUUCCUCUUAGCUCUCAAAAUCUCCCUCAGGGUGUCUUGACUGCACGCGAGAUUGAGAUCACAGAAAAGUAUUCAGUGAUCGAGCUGCUCGAUAUCCUCCGUAAGCGAGAGAUCAAGGUUGAGGAGGUGACGCGUGCAUUUUUGCGAAGAGCUGCUCUCGCCCAGGUUGCUACCAAUUGUUUAGUUGAACUUAUGUGGGAUCAAGCUAUUGAGCGAGCCAAGUAUCUCGAUUCACUACCGGAACCCAAGGGAAAGCUCUUCGGCCUUCCCAUUUCAACCAAGGAACAUCAUGGCAUGGUCGGCGAGAAUGUCUCAACUCACGCCUCAUUCGUUGCAUGGAUUGGCAAAGCUCAUGGGUCUAACCUUUUAUAUGACCAUUUGUAUGACGAAGGCUGCGUCUUCUACGUGCGGACUACUCAGCCUCAAACUAUCAUGCAUCUCGAGACCAUCAGCAACAUUUAUGGACGAACAGUCAACCCUUACAACCGUGAUUUGACGGCUGGUGGCAGCAGUGGUGGCGAGGGUGCUUUGCUCGGCUUCCGUGGAAGCAUCUUGGGUAUUGGUGGUGAUAUCGGAGGCAGUGUUCGAUGUCCAGCUGCCCACAACGGAAUUUAUGCCUUCAAACCAACUCUCAAGCGUAUUUCGGUCAUGGGCGCGCGGUCGAUCAUGGCAGGCAAGGAGACCAUUUCCUCAACACCUGGACCGAUGACGGUCGACCGCGAGUCCAUGGAACUGUUUAUGGAAAUUGCCUUAUCAAAGAAGCCAUGGCUUAUUGAUCCUUCUCUUACAGUCAAGCCAUGGACACCUUACCAAUUCGACAGGCCUAUGAAGGUUGCGGUUCAGUGGUGGGACGGUGUUGUCCAACCCCAUCCUCCCAUGACAAGAGCUCUGAAGGAGGUUGCGGAAGCUUGCCGGAAAGCUGGUAUGGAAGUUGUAGACUGGGACUGUGAGCCUUUGGACCAUAAGAAGGGAUGGGAGAUUCUAUCAGCAUUGUACUGGCCCGAUGGAGGUAAGGAGGCUCUUGAGCUCAUGGAGGCCGCUGGGGAGCCUGUCCUUCCUUUGACAAAGUUCAUUAUCCAAGAGCAGCCCAGUGUGAAGGAUUUGACGAUGCAUGAGCUUUGGGAGUUGUGCACCAAGCGCGAUGAUUAUCGGGCAGCAUAUGCUCGAGCUUGGUCAUACACGAGCAAGAACGACGGAAGAGAAGUUGAUGUGAUUCUGUGCCCGCCAUUCCCUGGAGCCGCAGCUCCCCAUGAUCAGUCACGCUACUGGGGAUACACUUCCCACUGGAACCUGCUUGACUAUCCCGCUGCAGUAUUCCCCGUAACAACAGUCGAUCCUCAGAAGGACCCCAAGGAUCUAGACUACGUCCCCAAGAACGAGGAUGACAAGUUCAACUAUGAUUUGUACAGUCCCGAGAAAUACGCCGGUAUGCCUAUCAACCUGCAAAUUGUUGGACGAAGGCAGUAUGAUGAGAAGGUACUUGCUGCGCUCAAAGAGAUUGAGCAUGCCAUGGGUAGAAAAUGA